AGUUCUCUCUCCUUUUUCUUUUCCAUUUUCUUUAGUUUCCAUGGUUUACUCUAUACUGCUUUGAACAGAUCUCAUUUCUCUCUAUCUCUCUCUCUCUCUCUCUCUCUCUCUCUCUCUCUUCAAAGAUUUGAUCAUGCUUCUGGUCAUCUUCUCUCUGUGAAUGGCUGUUGUUAGUAUUAUUUGAAACUCUUUGCUUUCAAAUUAUAGUUUCUGUCAUUGAAUUUGGACCAAUAUAAUACUUGGUCCAAGUUGCACCAUCUCUUUCCAAUUAUUUCCUUACUGGGUUUUCUUUGAUUCCACCAUCUAGCUUUUGUAGGGGCCAAAGGUGCUUUCUUUUCUACUGGGUUACCUCUAAUUCAAGGGAAGAACAUUGAGGACUCUCAACUUCUCUUGAAGUUUCUUGUUCAACUUGUUUUUCUUUUUCUUAGACUUAGCCUCAGAACAAGAUCAAGAAGAGGUGUAGAUGGAGCCAAUUAAGUCAAAGAUGAACAAAAUGUUUUCUUCAGCAACUAAGUUCUCUGUGGAUGGCAAGGGAGGUCCCAAUGUUGAAGACUUGGAAAUCAGGCCAGGAGGAAUGUUGGUGCAAAAGCGCAAUGCAGAGAUGAAUCCCAGUUCUGUUUCAAUCCCCCCAAUCAAAGUUAGAGUGAAGUAUGGCUCUUCGUACCACGAAAUUCGUAUAAGUCCUCAAGCAAGCUUUGGGGAGUUGAAGAAAAUGUUGGCAGAACCGACUAAAUUGCAUCAUCUGGAUCAGAAGCUGAUAUUCAAAAACAAAGAGAGAGACUCCAAAGAAUAUCUUGAUGUGGCAAGAGUUAAAGACGGAUCAAAAAUUGUGUUGGAGGAGGACAUUGUGAGUAGAGAAAGGAGGUGCGUGGAGUUGCUCAGAAAUGCAAAUGCAGAGAAGUCUUCCAAAUCCUUAGCAGAGAUCAACUUGGAAGUGGACAAGCUUGCUGGCCAGGUCACAGCUUUGGAAGCAACAGCUUCUACAGGUGGGAAAGUGGGAGAGACUGAUGUGGACAAUUUGAUUGAACUUCUGAUGGUGAAGUUAAUUAAACUGGAUGGUAUUGUUGCAGAGGGAGAUUUAAAGUUGCAGAGAAGACUGCAGGUGAAAAGAGUUCAGAAUUACAUAGGAGUUCUGGAUACGUUGAAGUAUCAAAGUUCCAAAUCUAGCAGCAAUGGAGCUAAAAUCCAAUUGCAGCAACAAGAAAACCCAUUUGGCCACAUGCCAAGGGACUCAAAGCCAGUUCAGAAACAACGAGCGCCAUCGAAGCCAGAAAAAUCUGUUCGCACAAUUCCGGCACAGCAGCAACCACAGAAGCAUUCUGAGUCAGUUGUGGUUACAACAAAAUGGGAGACUUUUGAUUAAAGCAUGAAGCUUGUAAUCAAAGGGCUACUUAGAAGUAAAAGCCACCCUCCAAUUUUUUUUCUUUGACAACAGCGUUGUUAAAACAGAUAUAAAAAUA